CACAACGGAGCGAAUCUUGGUGUGACCUACCACAGCCCCAAUCCCGGCUCAAUAAAAAUCUUCCCCGAGCUGCUGCCGAGCGUCGCCGCCGACGCCUCACGGCCGAAACCCUAACCCCUCUCACGCGCGUCGCCGCUACCAUCGCCGUUCCCAUUCCACCUCGUCACGUCCCUGCCGUAUACACCCCGUCCGAAACCUUGGGCAUUGGUUUCUGAAGGCCAUCAGGAUACCUAGCAUCAUCAUGUCAGGAAGAGAUCGCCUGCCGCGCCGUUUUGUCGAAGAUGGAAGGGGCUAUGUUGACCCCCGUGUGGCUGAGGAUCGCAGGGGUCAUCAUCCUGGUAUCCGUGUGGUUGAUGAUCGUAGGGGCCAUCAUGAGAUCCGUGUAGUCGAAGAUUGCAGAGCCUAUCCUGCAGUUCGUGUGAUUGAGGAUCGUAGAGCUUACCCUGAGAUUCACGAAAGGCCGCUCGUGAGGGUGGCUCGCUCUCACCCGGAUGCUCUAGAGGAAGAAAUUCAGUUGCACGAGGUUGAAUUCCGCAGGCUUAUGGCUGAUCGUCAUGCUUUAGCUGAGGAACGAAUGGAGUUGCACAGGGAGUUGCAAGCUGGAAAGGAGGAGGUCCGUCACCUGAACUUGAUCAUCGCAGAGAUUAAUGUCAAGAAGGAAGCUUAUAUCAGCGAGCUCGUUGACAAGAGAAGGAAGCUUGAAGCUGAACUUAGAUCAAAUGAGCCUUUGAGAGAUGAGGUUAUGCAUCUUCGUGGUGAAAUAGAGAAGCUCCUUGCUGUUAGGAAAGAACUCUCUGCAAAGGCUGCAUCACUCAUGCAGGAGCUGAGUAGGGAGAGAUCUGAUAAACAACAGUUACCUAUUUUGAAAGCAGAGAUUGAGGGCCUUCAACUGGAACUUACUCAUGCAAGGAAUACAUGUGAGUUGGAGCAGAAGGGGAACUUUGAGUUGGUGGAACAAAGGAAAGCAAUGGAGAAGAGUAUGAUUUCGAUGGCACAAGAAAUUCAACAAAUGCGGGCCGAAUUAGCUAGUUUUGAUGGCAGACCAUGGGGCACAGUCUUUCUGGGUACGUGGAGGUUCUUCAGUCCAUAUGCUGGACCCUUUUCGAGUUUGCCAGUCUUUCUGGGUGGAGCACAUGGGAUGAAGCUGGGCAGUCCUGAAGCUACCUUUCCUACUCAAUAUGGAGAUAAAUACAAUAUACACGCGGGAGUUUCUGAGAAAGGUCCUUCACACCCUCCUGAAUCUUCGUGGGGCACAUAUGAUAAGAACCGUUUCCAGUACCGCUAAGAGCCCAGCUGCUACAUUCCUGGGAGAAAGAAUCACCUUCUAGGUUGAAUCCUCGGUUGGUCCUUUCCUCUUAGAGAAGAUAUAUUCCUUCACGUGAAAGAGCUGUCACUGCCAGAACACAGUAAAUAUGGUAAUGGGGAUAACUGUUGCCUUUCUGAUGCCGAAGGUUCUAUGCCAGUUAACUGAUACAUCUAGAAUUGCGCUCUUCUAGAGUAUCAGAUUUUCUAGACAUUCUAGACAUUCCUGAAAAGAGAUCAAGACAUGGAUUAUCAUACGAUAUGAGAAAUGGUUAAAACAGUCAAGAGUGAUCUUUAACAUCUGCCCUAGCAACACUUAGAAGGUCUUGAAUGUGGGAGCGUGGACGAUUGGGUUCAUUUGCAGGCAUUAAGUUUUGUUGUGGUUUUGGGGGAAGAGUGAGCUUGUGCCAUAGAACUUUCUGGUUGUCUGGAAGUCUCCUCUGUGUCACUGUCAUGAUAAUUUCCUUUCUCCACAGACAAGUUGAAAAGAGUGCUGCAAAUUGUAUAGGUCAGUUGGUGGAUUGAACUGCGACUACCCAUGAUGCUUCCAGUUGCUGCAUUUGGAUGUAGUCACCAGUUUGGCCAGCAGUGAGGUGUAAGUCAGUACAGCCGUGUGAUGCUUAAGAUGUCGGGAAUAAAAUAAGUUGUUCCGUGCAUGGGCUGGAGGCAAUGAAGACAUGAUUUCAGAGUCCUUGACUCGCGUUAUGCUGUUUUGAUGAUCAUGAUGUUGGUAAGGCAUUGCCAUCUUGUCAGGACCUACCUACACAUAGACAAAGUCACUCGUUAUGAGCAUGAUUUUGCCGCUCAAGAGUUUUACUGAAA